AUGAAGUUACACGAUUUUCUCAUCUUCUCGCUUCUCUCAUUCUCCCUCUCUUCGGCAAAACUAUGUUCCAUGCCCUAUAACUCCUCCCCCUUGAUCGACGACGCACCAGGCAUCACGACAGCUGUUAAUCUUUGUGGCCCGAACUCUACAAUUCUUUUCCAACCAAACGUCACGUAUAAUCUACUCACUCCCCUCAGUUUCAAAAACCUUACGAGUGUAAAGUUUUCGUUCGAGGGCAAUAUCAGUUUGAGUGAGAAUGUGACGGCGGUACAGCUGGUGGUCAACAAUACUCGUACUUAUCCCGGAAGAUGGAUUACGCUUAAGGGGACAAACGUCACUUUUGAGGGCAGUGAGGAGGAGAGUGGUGGUUGGUUUUUGGCGCAUGGGGAGAAAUGGUGGAGUAGUCCGUGGGACUCGGUGCAAGGAGGACGGCCGCAUUGGUUCGGGUUUACGGUUACUGAUCUUGUGAUUCGCAAUCUUAAGAUUCUUAAUCCUGUGGCGUGGGUGUUUUCGAUAGGGGGAAGUAAUGUCGAGAUGAGGAAUAUCUUCAUUGAUGCUAGGAGUAAUGAUGGAUUUCCCUUUAACACUGAUGGAAUUGACCUCUCUGCAUCUAACGUCUUAAUUGACGGGUUCGAAAUUCACAAUGGCACAGGCGGUAAUUACACGUUUGAAAAUGCGUAUAUUUAUGACAGUUUGAUGGCAGCGAGAUUCAAGGGGGCGAUAGGUAAAACUUGUAAUGUAAGUAAUGUGACGUGGAGAAAUAUCGAGGUGAAGAAUGUUAGCUACCCAAUCCAUUUUAUUGAGGAUUAUUAUGAUCAGGAAAAGGGUAUUCCGAGCGGGACGGAUACUAGUCUUGCGGCUUAUGCGAAGGGGUUUACAUGGGAGGGAAUUAAUGGGACUGUGGCGGCAGUGGUUGGGGAUGCGAGUUGUGUGAGUGACCCGUGUUGGUAUGCUACUACCAAUGAAUCGCCAAAGAAUGGGCUGUAUCUACUUUGUCAUGAUAGCGCACACUGCGAGGACUUCCACUUCGAGGGCAUUGAUUUGACUACUGCAAAUGGGACUACGGCGGGAGAAGUAUGUACGGGGUUGGAAGGUGUGGAGGGCAUGGGGGUUACUUGUGUGAAUGGAACGAUUACAGCGAACUGA